AUGGCCGCCAACUAUUGGGCCUCGACGCAGCGGCGGCACUGGCUGUUCUCGCGAGAGAAACUGGCCGACGUUCGCGAGCGCCUUCGCGAGCGGGACAAGGCCGCCCAUUCGCAGUUCCCGUUGCCGGAUAGCCGGCUGCUGAACAUCUACUUCAACCAACAACUCAUCAAGCUGGGCAAGCGCAUGUCCACCCGGCAGCAGGCCAUCGCCACCGCUCAGGUGUAUCUGAAGCGAUUCUACACCAAAAAUGAGGUGCGGCAGACGAACCCAUAUCUGGUUCUGACGACGGCCUUUUACUUGGCGUGCAAAAUGGAAGAGUGUCCGCAACAUAUCCGAUUUGUCGUCGGCGAAGCACGCGGACUGUGGCCCGAAUUCAUCACCCCCGAUGUGGCGAAACUGGGCGAGUGCGAGUUUGCUCUGAUCUCGGAAAUGAACUCGCAGCUCAUCGUGCACCAUCCCUACCGCACUUUGUCAGGGCUGCAGACCGAGUUGACGCUAAGCUCCGACGAAGUCGCCCUGGCCUGGUCGGUGAUCAACGACCACUAUCUGACCGACCUGCCUUUACUGUACCCACCUCAUGUGAUUGCCAUCAUGGCGAUCAUUAUCGCAGUGGUUUUCAAGCCAGCGCAUUCAGGUAGUUUCUCGUCUGGAUCCUCACAGCCCUCCUUGUCCAGCAGUCUGCGAGAGGGCGGGCCAAAUAUGCUGGCGACAUUAUCCGAUAAACUCGCUGCGGGGGCUCCUCCCAAGAUCCAAAGGCUUAUCAACUGGCUGGCGGAAAGCGAAGUCGACAUCAAAGCCGUGAUUGACUGUACGCAGGAGCUGAUCUCGCUAUACGAGGUGUGGGAGCAGUAUAGUGAGAAGCACUGUAAGGAACUGAUUGGAAGGAUGGUGAAGAGCAAGAAUUUGGAUAAAUGA